AUGUUGAACCCCAAAACCCACGACAGGGAGUUCUUUGGCGCCUUCGGAGCCUCCUCCAUCAUCGUGUUCUUGCCGCUCGUGGUCAGCAUCUUUUCGUUCUUGGUCAAUGACAAGUACUCGCUUCAGGGCGUGUCGUUAGACUUGAACAGACUCCAACAAAUCGUGCCCUCGUCCACCCAGGAAUGGUACGACUUGGCAUUCGAUGCCAGCUCCUGGAAGGCGUACCUUGCUUGGUUCUUUGGCCUCGUUGUUUUCGACAAGAUCUCGCCUUCUAAACAGAUGGACGGGACUGUCUUACGCGACGGCACCGUGUUGAAGUACAACAUCAACGGUGUCUACGUGGCUGGAACCUUGUUGGCCAUUCUCGCUGCCCGUGCCUACAGAUUCAACCUUAAUCUCCCCGAAUUGCACUUCAUCUACACCCACCAGCUCCAGUUGACGCUUGUAACCAUCAUUUUCUCCUUUGCUAUGUCUGUGUUUGUCUACGUGUGCUCAUUUAUUCCCACCACCAAGCCCAAUGGCGUGGGUACCAGAGAGAGAAUCCUCGCCAAGGGAGGUAACUCUGGAAAUCCCAUCUACGACUUCUACAUCGGACGUGAGUUGAACCCACGCAUCGGCUCGUGGGACAUCAAGAUGUUCUGUGAGUUGAAGCCUGGUAUGUUGCUCUGGAUGUUGAUCAAUUUGUCCUGCCUCCACCAACAAUACCAUGCACAGGGCCAGGUGACGGACUCGCUUGUGUUGGUCAACUUUGUCCAGCUCUUCUACGUGUUGGACGGCGUGCUCAACGAAGAAGGUGUCUUGACCAUGAUGGACAUCACCACUGACGGUUUCGGGUUCAUGUUGGCGUUUGGUGACUUGGCCUGGUUGCCCUGGUCAUAUUCGCUCCAGGCCAGAUAUUUGGCAUUGCCAGAAAACACCUUGCACUUGGGCCUCUGGAAAUGUGCACUUAUUCUUGCCCUCAAAUUUGGUGGUUUCUACGUGUUCUACUCCGCCAAUCGCCAAAAAUCCGAUUUCAGACAAGGCAAGUUGGACCACCUCAAGUCUAUCAAGACCAAAACCGGCUCAAAGUUGUUGUGUGAUGGCUGGUGGGCCAUCUCCCAGCAUAUCAACUACCUCGGCGACUGGCUUGUUGGUUUGUCGUGGUGCUUGCUUACCGGAUUCCAAACACCCUUGACCUACUUUUAUGCCAUCUACUUCGCUGUCUUGUUGCUCCACAGACAAACCAGAGAUGAUGCCAAGUGCAGAGAAAAGUAUGGUGAACAAUGGCUCGAGUACCAAAGACGUGUGCCAUACAAGAUCAUUCCAUAUGUCUACUAA